AUGCCGUCCGCCCUGGACACCAAAUCCCAGGACUUUGACGCCAAGUCCAUCCUGUCCAUGCAGGAGCUGGACCCGUCUCCAGUCGACGAUUCACCCUCAACGCCAGACUUGGACUCCCUCGAGAAUGGCGAAUACUUCCCUCAAACCGUCGAAGACAAGCCCUCGCGCACUUGCGGCUUCCCGACGCCGAAAUUGGGACUGCGCGCACACCGUUGGGAUGCAUUGUUAUCCGGCAUCCAGAAAUACUCUACAUACCCACCAACAGCAUUCUUCAUCCUGCAUUUCGCCAAUACCUCCCUCAUCCCGCUGAUUACCCGCUCCGUCCCGGCCAGUGAACCCUACCUCCUGCUCACGCGACCAGUCUACCAAGCCCCCGGCCUGGAACAUCUCGUCCUAACAGUCCCCAUCCUCGCACAUAUCGCUUCCGGCAUCGCUCUGCGCAACAUCCGCGGCUCGCGCCGUGCUCGCCUCUAUGGCGCAGAGACACGUGCCCAGCGCAAUCUGCUCUCCUUCUGGCCCAAGGUCUCCGUCCAGGCGAAAACGGGGUACCUAGUCGCACCACUAGUCGGUCUACAUGCCGUUAUUAAUCGCGUGACGCCGUAUAUGGUCGAGGGCGGCAGUUCCGGCGUGGGACUGGGGUAUGUCGCGCAUGGUAUUGCGCGGAGCCCCGUGUUCUGGAAUAUUUUCUACCUGGUCUUUGUCACGGCUAGCGUGUGGCACUUCAUUGGUGGGUGGGCUACUUGGAUGGGGUGGAGAGUUACUACUGCGCGGAAAGAGCGCGGUUCGAAGGGUUCGCUUGAGGGUUAUCUGGGGUAUCCCGAGAAUCAGGACCGUGUCAAGCGUCAGCACAAGAUGUGGUGGGUGGUCAAUGGGGUUGCGGCUGUUGGUGCUGCUCUCUGGUUGGCAGGUGCUUUGGGGAUUGUUGGACGGGGUGGUGAGGGGUCUGGAUGGGAGGCUCAGGGGUGGAAUGAGAUGUAUAGCCAUGUACCGGUUAUUGGAGACUGGUUGUAA